AUGCCAGUACCUCUAUUGAACCCAUUCCAUUGGGGAUUUCACGGAACUCUGGAACAAGUCUCGAAUCCACAAGGAACAGUGCCACUCAAGCUGAAGAAUGAGAAGAACGCUGUUGAAUUGAGUGAUUUUAUAUCCAAUAAUGUACCAGGGCUGAAAGACCAGGCGAAAUUUGAGCUUCAUCCCGCUCUUUUUACUGGCUACCUCCAAACUCUGUACUUGGGAGGAGCAGACUUCUCAAAGAGCUUUCCGGUUUUUUAUGGCCGAGAAACAGUUAACUUUUCCGACGGUGGCAUCUGCACUGCCGAUUGGGUCAUGAACGAAUGGAAGUCCAAUUAUCGCUUGAAGGCUGGCAAAAACGGCUCGACCUUUAACAAGGAGCAGUUCAAAGCUGAUGAAAUCGCCACUCAUCCCGAGAAUUGGCCCCGUUUGCAUCCAAGAACUCGAUUCCUUAACGAUCAAGAAAGAACAAAAGUUCACGAAAGCGAGAAACCACUCGUAGUGGUGAUUCACGGGUUAGCAGGUGGCUCCCAUGAGCCAAUCAUUAGAUCAUUGACCCAGGAUUUGUCUAGUGUGGCUAAAGAGAAGUUUGAUGUGGUGGUUUUAAAUUGUAGAGGCUGCGCCCGGUCUAAAAUUACUACUCGCAAACUAUUCUACGCACUCUUCACAAAUGACAUUAGAGAGUUUCUAAAGCACGAAAAGGCUCGUCACCCUUCCAGAAAGAUCUUUGCCGUCGGAUUCUCGUUUGGUGGCACUAUGUUGGGCAACUACUUGGGCGAAGAAGGCGACAAGACACCCGUUGAAGCUGCUACAUUUUUGUGUACACCAUGGGAUCUCUACCAUUCUGCUUUGAAGAUGAACGGGGAUUGGUGGUCGCGUACUUUGUUUUCAAAGAGCAUUGCACAAUUUCUCACAAGAUUGGUCAAAGUGAACAUUCAAGAGUUAGAGUUCAAAGACGGCGAUGAAAGACCUAGCGAGCCACCUUCCAAAAGGAACCCCUCAUUCUGUGUUUUCACCAAAGAAAAUUUGAAGAAAGCGCAUAAUUUCGCUUCUACGAUGGAAUUUGACAAUUUGUUCACAGCUCCGUGUCUGGGUUUCGAUAAUGCACUCGAUUACUACAAGGCAUGCGGAUCUAUUCACGAGCUUCCUAACGUCAAAGUUCCUUCAUUAAUCAUCAAUUCAAAGGACGAUCCUGUGGUUGGGGAGGAUUCCAUCCCAUAUGCAUGUGUCCGGGAAAACAAGAAUUUGGCGCUUUGCGUAACUGAUCUAGGUGGCCAUUUGGCAUAUCUAGACAAGAACUACAACUCAUGGGCGACCGCUCAAAUAUCCGAGUUUUUCAAUAAAUUCGAAGAAUUGGUCCAGUGA